AUGGGACGCUGCUCCGGCGCCCUGAAGGAAAAGUGCGGAGGAAGAGAGAAGAGGAGAGCGCUGGGAGGAAUCCGCGCUUCCAAAGCUCCCGAGGAAAAGGAGGAGGCGGAGGAGGAGAAGCUCUCCUCCACCUGCAGCGCCAGGAGCAGCACUGCUCCUCGUCCUGGAUUUGUCUUCAGCCUGAUUACCCAGACUGAAGAUGUCAUGCUGGUUAUGCCAGUCACAGCAGGAGAGAUUUUGAUAGGAAGAGGAGGAGGGGAAGGCAGGAUGGCGCUGCAGCUGCUGGGUCGGCUGUCCUUCUUGCCCUCAGGCCUAGCCACCGGUGGGCAGUUGUGGGCUAUUUCCCCUCUGACUGCAGUGGCAGUGAGGGUUGCAUCCAAAAAGAGUGGAAGCAGCUCCAAAAACCUUGGUGGGAGAAUUCCUGGGAAACACUACAGCUUCAAAAGAAUGGAUGGACAGUUUGUUCAUGCGGGAAACAUACUAGCAACACAGCGAAUGAUUUGCUGGCACCCAGGGGCUCAUGUGGGGAUGGGCUGCAACAAGUGGCUGUAUGCACUUGAAGAUGGGAUUGUGCGAUACACCAAGGAAGUCUAUGUGCCACGUCCCAGUCAUGAGGAAAGCAAAGACAUCAUCUGCCAGUUGCCCAGAGGAGCAGUGCUUUAUAAAAUGUACAUCAAUGUAGUCCCCACGGUUGAGGUGGGGAGCUUUAAGUUGGUCAACAUGCUGUAAGACUGUCCAGAAGAUACCAGCCAAGAACUUGCUCAGAGGGAUCUGACCCCCAGCAACCAUCAGUUCUGUUCU